ACUGACAUGAGGCCGAUAACUGUAAUCCGAUUGCCCUACAUUGCUUGACCCAAACAGAGACACACGCAAAAUCCAACAGCCAUCGGAAACCACUUUAAAGAUGUUUCAGUUUUUGGUCUGUUUCUCGUUACUUCUGGUCAGCUGUUACGUGGGUCUGGCCAAUGGGCAGGGCCGUCUCAUAGAGCCACCGUCAAGAAACUCUGCCUGGAGGUUUGGGUUCCAUACGCCCGUCAAUAAUGCGGACGACCGACUUAACUGCGGCGGACUUAAGGCCCAGUGGUACGGAAGCAAUGGCCAAUGUGGGGUAUGUGGCGACCCCUAUCAGGGGGUGCGCGAUCACGAAGCUGGAGGGAAAUAUGCAACGGGGACCAUUGUCCGAAGUUUUGGGGUUGGCGAGACUAUAGAUAUAGUCGUGGACAUUACCCAUGGUCAGAAAGGAUGGAUGGAGUUUCGCUUAUGCCCCAACAAUAACCCCAAGGUCCCUGUAAGCCAAGACUGCUUGGACAAAUAUGUCCUGAGAGUAUAG